AUGGAUUCCGACGUGGAUUCGGUCUUUGAUGACUUCCAGGAGGACGAGUCUGACGCCUACACCCCAGAGGCGAAACCCAAGGCUAAGGCCGCUCCAAACAAGACGGCCACUGCGAAACCUGCCAAGAUGAUCCAGACAACGCUCACUGGCGGCAAGGCCGCGCCAAAAAAGCGCCCCAAGCAGGAGAGCGACGCCGAGGACGACGGACUGGGCGCCAGUACGCCGCCAAAAAAGCAGAAAAAGGCACCGGUGAAGAAGUCAAGCAACAAGCCUCUCGCCCCUAUCGAGAACGAGAGCGUGGUGAUUGACGACAACGACGAUGACGCGCCGAUCGCCAAGCCCGCCCCCAAGUCCACCAAGUCCGCCACGGAGACGUACCAAAAGCUCACUCAGCUCGAGCACAUCAUAAAGCGCCCCGACACCUACAUUGGCUCCGUCGAGCGCAUGGACCAGAAGAUGUGGGUGUUUAACAAGGCCGAGAAGCUGAUGGAGAACCGCACAAUCUCCUACGUCCCCGGCUUGUACAAGAUCUUCGACGAGAUCCUCGUCAACGCCGCAGACAAUAGCCAGAGAGACUCGUCUAUGACGUAUCUCAAGGUCAACGUCGACCGCGCGACGGGCGAGAUCUCGGUCGAGAACAACGGCAAGGGCAUUCCCAUCGAGAUCCAUGAGAAGGAGAAGUGCUACAUCCCCGAGCUCAUCUUCGGCCAUCUCCUGACUGGUUCCAACUACGACGACAACGAGAAGAAAACCGUUGGUGGCCGCAACGGUUACGGUGCGAAGCUCACCAACAUCUUCAGCCAGCGUUUCACCAUCGAGCUGCAGGACUCCCACAACGAGAAGCGGUACAAGCAGACCUGGACGGACAACAUGAGCAAGAUGGAGAAGGCCAAGAUCACGACCAGCAAGUCCUCCGACUUCGUCAAGGUUUCUUUCCUGCCCGACUACAAGAGGUUCGGCAUGGAGAACGGAAUCGAUGACGACCUGGAAGCGCUGAUCUACCGCCGCGUCUACGACAUGGCCGGCACCGUGUCCGGCGUCAAGGUCUGGCUGAACGGCGAGCACCUCAAGAUCAACUUCAAGACGUACUGCGAGCUGUACGCCAAGUCCAUUGCCAAUGAGCGCGGCGAUGCCGCCGUCGACGGCGAAAAGCCGGUAGCCAAGGUCGAGUUCGACCAGGUGAGGGACAACGGCCGGCUGUGGCAGAUUGGCUUCACCGUCUCGGACGGCUCGUUCCAGCAAGUCUCGUUCGUCAACAACAUCGCCACCACGUCCGGCGGCACGCACGUCAACUACAUCGCCGACCAGAUCUGCGAGGCGCUCGGCAAGGAGCUGAACAAGAAGAAGAAGGGCCACUCGCUGAAGCCGUCGCACUUCCGCAACCACAUCUUCAUCUUCAUCAAUUGCCUGAUCGACAACCCGUCCUUCAACUCGCAGACCAAGGAGCAGCUGACGACCAAGAUCAGCGCCUUCGGCAGCAAGUGUGUUCUCAGUGACCAGUUCCUCAAGAAGGUCAAGGCUUCCGAGGCCAUCGCGAACAUCAUGGAGUUCGCUGACAGGAAGGCCGACAAGAUGAUGGCCAAGAGCGACGGCAACAAGCGGUCCCGCAUCAGCAACGACAAGCUCAUCGAUGCCAACUGGGCCGGCACCAAGCGCGGCCACGAGUGCACCCUCAUCCUGACCGAAGGCGAUUCGGCCAGGGGUCUGGCAGUUGCCGGCCGUGCCGUCUUGGAUCCGGAUCGCAUCGGCGUGUUCCCGCUCCGCGGCAAGAUGCUCAACGUCCGCGAUGCCUCGAUCGAUCAGAUCAUGAAGAACAAGGAAAUCGAGAACAUCAAGAAGUUCCUCGGCCUCAAGCACAAGCAGGAGUACAAGGACACCAAGGGCCUCCGGUACGGUCACCUGAUGAUCAUGGCCGAUCAAGAUCUCGACGGGAGCCACAUCAAGGGCUUGCUCAUCAACUUCCUCGAGGUUCAGUUCCCCUCGCUGCUGCGCAUCGACGACUUCUUCCAGGAGUUCAUCACUCCCGUCGUCAAGGUCUGGCAGGGCAACAACCCGAAGAAGCCCCAGAACCUCAAGACCUUCUUCAACAUACCGCAGUAUGAGGCUUGGAAGGAAGAGCACAAAUCCCAGCUGCGGAAGUGGAACUACAAGUAUUUGAAGGGGUUGGGUAGUUCCUCCAACGAGGACGCCCAGAUCUACUUCAAAGACCUGGACCGCCAUCUAAAGAAGUUUGAGGUCUUGAAGCCCGAGGAGUCGCAGCUGUUCGAGCUGGCCUUCUCCAAGAAGAAGGCCGAUGCUCGGAAGGAGUGGCUGGGCAACUUCAUCCCCGGAACCUAUCUCGACUCGACCGCCAGCCGGAAGACCUACACCGACUUCGUCCAGAAGGAGCUGAUCCUCUUCAGCAUGGCCGAUAACAUGCGAUCCAUUCCCUCCAUGAUCGACGGUCUGAAGCCCGGUCAGCGCAAGGUGAUUUACGGCGCCUUCAAGCGGAACCUCGUCAAGGACCAGAAGGUCGCCGAGCUGGCGGGUUACAUCAGCGAAGUCGCCGCAUACCACCACGGAGAACAGUCGCUGCAGCAGACAAUUAUCGGUCUGGCGCAGAACUACGUCGGCUCCAACAACGUCAACUGCCUGGAGCCCAGCGGUAACUUUGGUUCUCGUCUCGCGGGUGGCUCGGAUGCUGCCAGCGCCCGUUACAUCCAUACGCGGCUGUCGCCUUUCGCCCGGCGCGUGUUUUCCAAGCUCGACGAGCCAAAUCUCGAGUACCAGUUCGACGACGGCAACAUGAUCGAGCCUAAGGUCUAUGUUCCGGUUAUUCCGAUGGUCUUGGUCAACGGCGCCGACGGUAUCGGCACGGGCUGGAGUACCUCGAUUCCCAACUAUCACCCCCUCGAGAUCGUCGAGAACCUGAAGCGGCGCAUGGGCAGGCUCGACCCUGCGGAUCCUGAGGAGAAGCCGUUCAAGCCCAUGACUCCCUGGUUCCGGGGCUGGAAAGGUGUAGUUGAGCCCGACGGCCCCAACAGGUUCAAGUUCAACGGCAUCAUCAAGCAAGACGAGCAGAAUCCUAACGAGAUUCACGUCACUGAACUGCCCAUCCGGAUGUGGACCGAUGAUUUCAAGUCCAGGCUCGAGGACAUCAUCCGCGCCGAGAAGACUCCCUCCUUCAUCAAGGACUACAGGGAGUUCAACGACCACCAGAACGUCCAUUUCGUCAUCGAGAUGGAAGACAAGCACCUGAAGGCGGCGCUUGACGAGGGCUUGCUGGAGAAGUUCAAGCUCACCAAGACCAUCACAACCACGAACCUCGUCGCCUUCAACACCCGCGGCCAGAUUCAAAAGUACGAAAGCCCGGAGGAGAUCAUGGAGGAGUACUACCAUUAUCGUCUGAAGAUGUAUACUGAGCGAAAGACUCACUGGCUUGGCGUCUACCACGCCGACUAUCGGAAGCUGCAGAACCAGUACCGGUUCGUCUCUGAGAUCAUUGAGAACAAGCUCGUGGUCAACAAGAAGAAGAAGGCUGUGCUCGUGCAGGAGCUCCGCGACCGCAAGUACGAGGCGUUCCCUCCCAGGGACGACAAGAAGGUCAAAUCAACCGACGAGGAGCUUGGCAAGGACGAUGCCGAAGAGGAGGAAGACGAAGCCUCUGGUGGCGCUCGCGACUACGACUACCUUCUCUCGAUGCCUAUUUGGUCGCUCACGAAUGAGCGUCUCGAGAAGCUCAAGAACCAGAUUGCGGCGAAGAAGGCUGAGUACGACGAGCUCAACGCUUUGAGCGAGAAGGAUCUAUGGGUUCGGGACCUGGACGACUUUGUCGAGGAGUGGCACACCCAGCUCAAACUGGAAGAGGAGAUCACUACCGGCAUUCGGAGAAUGGGCCGCCGCACGUCGCAAAAGAUCGGCGCUGGAAGGGGCCGGCGGCCCCGUGAUGACGACGACUAUGAGCCCGAAAAGAAGACCAAGCCCAAGGCUCCGAAGGCCGAGAAGGUUGAGACCAAGACGCAUCAGAGGUUCACCGAGAAGUUCCAAGCGGCUGCCAAGCCCAAGUCCCAGACCGACCUCUCGGAUGACGAUUUUGCUUUGCUUGGCAAAAAGGCGGCAGUAAAGGAGGAGUCCGAGCCUCCUGCUUCCCUCCCAGAUGCCGCCGGCGCGCGCAGCAAGCGUGCGGCCGCCGCCAAGCCCAAGUACGUGCUGAGCGACGACUCGGAUGAUGACGACUUCAUGGACUUGGGCAAACCCGAAGUAAAGGACGAGCCGGAGUCCGAGCCAGAGAAAGUGGUCGAGAAGCCAGCGAGGCGGGCAGCUGCCAAGUCAAAGCCGUCGUACGUAGACGAGGAGUUCGGCUCCGACAGCGAUGACGACGAUGACAAGAUGCUCGGCGACGUCGGCGCCAUGGUCAAGGGCAUAGGGGUGCCGGCCACCUCGAGCAGCAACGGAGGCAGGCUUAGUCUGUUUGCCAUGUCCCGGCCCGAGGCAGGCGACACGUCCGUCCCCAGGAUGAAGACUAAGCCGUCAAAGUCCAACAUUCUCGACUCGGACGAUCACGACGACACCAAUUACGAGGCCCUCGCCAUGUCGUCACCGCGCAAGUCCACCAAGACUGGCGAUCUGGAUGACUUCCUGUCCGACGACGACCUGCCCGCCGUGACCAAACCCGCCGCCAAGCCUGCCCCUCAAACAGCCGCCGCAAAGGCCAAGGCCCCCCUGAGCGUGGUUCCCGUGGCCGCCAAGAAGCGCGGGCGCCCGCCAGGGUCCAAGAACAAGCCCAAGGGCGGCGACGACGCUCCCGCCCCCAAAGCCAAAGCGGCGGCUGCGUCGUCCAAGCCCAAGCCAGCGCACCUCUCGCCCGCCGCCAAGGCCUACGCCGCGAAGAAGGCCAAGACGAGGAAGUUCCUCAGCGACGACGAAGACGACAUUGUCGACGAGCCCGCUAGCCCGGCGGCGCCGGCGCCGGCGCCCAAGGCCAGGCCGGGGCGCGCGGCCGCCGCAAAGGCCAAGCCGAUCUACAUUGACGACUACGAGGACGACGAGGACGACUCGUUUGUCAAUGGCGGCGGGCGCCGCAGGGGCAAGAAGGAUGAUGACAGCGAUGCGUUUGACAUGGACGAGGACAGCGAGUAG